AUGAGCUCAGUGCGCGCGCAGAAUCGCCGAUUGUUCCGCCGCGGGACGUGCAGGUGGCGGGGAGACUGGCCGUCCCGGGUCAGGGGCACGUGGGGGCCCUUUGUGUCCCGGGAGCCCGGGGCGGGGAGGAGUCCCGCGCCUCCUGGAAAGAGAACCAACCGCCGCCACUUCUCCCCCCUCCGCGGCCCGCGCCGGCCCCGGCCGCCCCUUUUCCUUGCGACCCUGCUCGCAGCUUCCCGGGCGGCGGCGGGGCCGGAAGGCCGGGGGCGCCCUGCGCGCGGCGGGGCCGGGGCGCACUCACCUGGCGGCGGCUGGGCACUCGGCGUUGGCGGACGGCGGGCGGGCGAGCGGCAGGGCAGCGCUCUGGAAGCGGGGCUGGGCGCGCCCGGCCCGCGCGGCGUUUUGUUCCGCUCGGGGAGGGCGUGUCCGGGCCACGCCAACCAGUGGGCUUUGCACACUGCACCACACCGGCGCCAAUGUCACCGCACCGGCGCUGAUGUCACGGCGCAGUCCCGCAGCGCGGCCCCCAGGCCGGAGGCGUCCCGGCUGCGCCCUGGGGACCUCCGGUGCGCCCCGCCGCGGAGGAAGCAGCGGCUCACACGUGCCCGGAACUUCUCAGGGGUUCCCGGCAGCCUAAUACGAGGGUGGAGACACAUGAUCCAAGAGAUAAGACUCCUGAUAAACUUGUGCCACAAGAGAAACGUCUCCGUGAGAAGGAAGCCUCCUUCUGCCCAAGGCAGUGAACUGGGGGCAGGUCUGCUGGGCAGCUGGUCGCCCCUCCCCCAGGUCACCCACAGACGCAGCUGCCACGUCUUCCAGGCUGGACAGCUAUACGAGAUGACGGAUGGUCACUGAAUUUAUCCUGAUAAUGACGUAUGUGACCACUGGGCAGUAACCAGCUUGGUGACCGUGUGACCGUGAUCCAGACCCCGGUUUUCCUCGUGUGUGAAAUGAGGGCUGGGACCAGCUCCGCACUCUCAAAGCUUCCCACGGAGGUGCCCCUGCCAGCAGGGACGGGAUGUGCUGCUCGCUGCUCCCGGGAGCUCAGAGUGUUGACGGGAUCAGUCGCUCCCAGGGCUCUGAAGUCUUCGGUUUUAUUAUAAAAGUUUGUUUAAAU